AUGACGACAUACCUGUCUCAUAAUACUGCGCCAGUUGUCAAAUUAGAGGACGGAAUAGAGAAGUGGAAAGUGAAUGGAGUAGAAGUGUCAGAAGCUUUACUCGAAUACAGAAAGUUGUCGAUCGAAAAAGGUGAAAGAAAUAUGCUUGAUACUUACCAGGAAGAGCUAUCUGUCAAUGGUAUUUUAUUGUUUGACGACUUGAGCAGUGUUUAUCCGGAUUCAUCGUUGGAGUACGGUCUGCAUCUUAAAAAAAGAGAAGCUAUUGUUAACAAAUUUGCAAAGGCUGGUAAAAAGAAAUACAAUGAAUGCAGCGGUAUUGCAAAGGAACUGAGCGAUGAUGAAGACGAGAAUAACAGCCAAAUUCGAGAACCAGUUAUUACCAUGCACAAUCAAGUUCUAUUCUCCAAAAUCAUCAAAGAAAGCCGGUUGCGGGAGGUGGCAAGCCUUUCACGAAACUGA